AACACACAAAUGUCUCAAUCAACCACCACGCCCAUCAAGCAAGCCAAAGCCCCAGCCGCUGCCGGCAGCGAAAAGGACCCCGUCCGCAUGAUCGAGAAACUAGACAUCAAGACCAAAGCCGUAGUAGCCAACAGUCAACUAGUCAGUGCAGACGAUAAACUGCAUCCCCUGCUUUCGCUCAAGAAUGGGAGACCACUGACAAGUUUCAGAGACGCUAAAGGUGUUGGCGAAGCUGAGCGUGCUCUCGAGGCUGAUCGUGAUGGAAAUGAGAUGAUGAAGAGGGAGAAGCUGCGUUUGCAGAUUGGUCUCAAGCCUAACCCUGCUUGA